GUUUUAAUAUUCUGCGGUGCAUGCUUGCAAAAGUCACUUCGAAUCUCUUUUGUGUCUUAAAGUGUUGGUCCUCUGGAAAGCAAUAAUUAGGUUGGACCACAUUUUGGUCCAUAACAAGAAACAGCCUACAUAAUGCCUAGAAAGUGUGAUUUUAUAGCUUCUAAAUAUACACAUCUACUUUCUUAGAUAUUACCUAUUGGACUAAACAGACUGGACCACAACUUUCUGACACAAAACUAGAGGUUUUUCAUUUAUUUAAUUUUAAACAAAUCCUUGAAGCCAAAUAUCAAACAAUUCUAUAUCUUCUUCCUUCACCAGUAAAUGAUGAUGUCCAUAACUUCUGCCAAAAGCAAUCAGAGCAUAAUAAUUGCUGUAAUUUUGUUUGCAUGUAUUACGGCAAUUUUGUAUGUGUAUUAUGAGCCAACCACAAGCUGGUUUAAAUGUCCUGCUGCUCCCAUCCACAUGAAUAAUGUCACUGCAGAAAUCUGCCUCAGUGUUUUUAAGAUGCAAAACUACACCCAUAUAGAAAACAACACCUGCACUGUGAACUUCAUCUUGGAAAGACAACAGAUGACAACUACUAAAACAACAAAACAAGUGGCAACAGCGAAGAGAGACGAUCCAGACACCAUUAUUUUGAUCUGGAUGUGGCCUUUUGGAUAUAGUUUUGGCUUUGGACCCUGCAGUUCGGCUUUUAAUAUUCAAGGCUGCCGUUUAACAGAUGACAAAGAUAUGUAUAACCAAGCACAUGGUGUAUGGUUUCAUCAUAGAGAUAUCAAGUGGGAUUUAUCUAAUAUGCCAAAACUACCUCGACCAGCAUUUCAGAAAUGGAUAUGGAUGAAUAUGGAGUCUCCAGCCAAUUCACCACAAAUUCCCCAGCUGAAGGAUCUGUUUAAUUUGACUUCAAGUUAUCGUCGGGAUUCUGAUGUCCAGGUACCUUACGGUUGGCUCUCAGAGGCCACAAUUGAGGAGAAAAAAUAUACAAUCCCACAAAAGGAUAAACUAGUCUGCUGGAUAGUGAGUAACUAUAAUUCACACCAUAAGCGUUCAUAUUACUAUACUGAGUUAUCGAAAUACAUUCACGUGGAGGCUUUUGGAGGACAUUUCAACAGGCGCAUUAAUGGUGAUGAAUAUUCAAACGUGGUGUCUAGUUGCAAAUUUUACCUGUCAUUUGAGAGUUCCAUUCAUAGAGACUACAUUACAGAAAAACUGUACAACCCUCUAUUGCUUGGUACGGUUCCUGUUGUUCUUGGCCCGCCCAGAGAGAACUAUGAGCAGUUCAUACCGAGCAAAGCCUUCAUCCAUGUAGAUGACUUCCCCUCUCCCAAAGAACUGGCAGAUCAUCUCAAUUUUAUGGACCAAAAUGAGAACAUGUAUAGGCAGUAUUUUACCUGGAGAGAACAUUUCGUUUCAAGGGCAUCUGCAUUUGGUCUUGAACAUGCCUGUCGGGCUUGUGAACAUAUCAGAAAAAAUAAGAACUACAGAGUAGUUAAAGAUCUCAACAGCUGGUACUUCAGUUAGCGCAGGAAUAAAAAAAUAAAAAAAAACUACAUUGGGGGCUUGCAGCUCACAAAAACUCAUAAUUUGUAUAAGACUGUAAGAUAUUGUACGACUUGGCUCGUACAAAGGGUACAACUUUAUUCCCAUACAAACUGACCAAUCAGCAAAGAGAAUUUCAAAUGGAUAUAAUACAGGCAUCACAUUUUAGCUAAGCUCCUAUCCAACACUUUUUUUUUUUAAGAUUUAGGGUUUGGAU